GGCUUUUUAUGAAUUAUGGAAGCACAAGGAUAUGCAGUCGGAAGAAAAUGAUUGUAACUGUCUUUUAGAGAUUUUAAAUGAGUUGAUGACAGAAGAUCUAGAUAAUGAAAGAAAGAAUCAUCUCAUAUCAUUACAAACUGUUAACAAGAAAGCAAACACAUCGGUACGUCUUCUCGAGGAAAUACAAGACGUGGAUAUUAAUGAUUUAACCUAUGAUGAUCCAUUGGCCAACGGCAUAAUUGACCUUGGAUCUUCUCAAUACCAGUUAAUCGAAGAUGAUUAUGAUGUUCUUGUGGGUGAGAAAGGUGGCAUAAGAAACUUAAGAAAAGGUGCAUUCAUAAAGGAAAUGUGCGAAGAGUUUAUUAUAAAAAGAAACGAAAUUCAUAGUCAGUGCAAAUUCAUAAUUGCGCCUUCCGAAACAAGAAGACAUAAGGAAUGGAUUGAGAGUGAAAACAACAGGGUAAUAACAGCGACAAAUAUAACAGACACGCUUCUGCAAGAAACUAAAAGGAAUGUCUUUCGUAAAAUAUCCAAAGCUUCAGAGAAUGCUUUUGUAGAUGUUAUAGUACGUAUUAUGGAGGCAUCGAUAUAUCAAAUGCCAGUUGACUUUGACAUCGAAGUAACGAGAAAUGAUCGUCAAAGUAUUGCCAGCCAAGAGGCAACAAACCUGACUUAA